AUGGAAGAAAAGUUAAAAUCAUCAUUAAAAAAUCGUCGUAGUAAUUAUCAGGAAGUACUGGAAAGUCCACAUCUAUUAGAAGUAAGCAAGUUCUAUUCUGCAUGUAGAAAUGGAGAUAUAGAUACAGUCAAACAAAUGCUACUUGGUAUUUCUUACGAUCAAUUGAACCAGCUGGAGCCUAACGGUAGUACUGCUCUUCAUGCUGCAACAUAUUUUGGUCAUUUAGACAUUGUCCGUCUACUUCUACAUGAAUAUGGUUGUCAACGACAUCUACGAAAUCAUUACGGUUUCACAGCAUAUGAAUUGGCACAAACUGAAGAAAUGCGACAAAUCUUUCAUCGACCAUCAAAUAAAAAUCGAUUUAAUGACGAUUCGAUGGCUUUUGAACAAACGUUUAGAAGACAUUCAUCAUCAACAAAUAAAAUUGUAAUGGGCAGUAAUAUUGAUGGCAAUGACGUUGCAAAACCUAAUCAACGAUUUUAUGUCGGUUAUGAAACAAAUGAAGAAAUCAAAAAGCAAUUAGACAGCAUUAAUAGUGUUAAAGCGUUCUUUCAAUCACGAGCUGGUCGAUAUAUAAUGAAACAAGGAAUGAAAUUAAAACUUGACAAAAAAGCUGGCUAUAGUGAGGAAGAAUAUGCUUAUAUUGCAAGUGAAGAAUUUCAACAAAAAUCUUUGAAAAAAAUAUUGAAUGAGGAUGUUACUUCAAAUCAUCCUGACUAUAAACAUUGCUGUCACCUACUCAACGAAUACAUUCAACAAGAUACAAUUGAAUCUCUGUUAAAACUCUACACAUUGGAAACUCCUUUCUAUCGAUCAUUAUUGAAAUCGUCAAGUCCAUUGGAAUUUCCACUUUUUAUGCAUUUGUCAGAUUUGAAAGAACGUUAUUAUCAAGGAUAUUCCUAUCGUGGUGUUCAAUUGACUCAACAUCAGUUAAAUGAAUAUCGAUGGGCAUUGAAGAAUAGAGAUAGUGUUUUAUCAUUGCUUACAUUUGAGUCAACAUCCAUUAAUCGAGACGUAGCUGAACAGUUUGCUGCAAGAUCUUCAUCAUCAUCGUCAGAUAAAAUAAGUGUCCUAUUGAUAUUCCAUUUUCCUCAACCAUGUGAUACAGCAAUCAAUUUAAGUAAAAUUCCUCUAUAUCAAUUACCAUGUAUAUCAAAUUAUGAAAAUGAAAAAGAAGUAUUAAUUGCUCCACGAACAUUUUUCAAAGUGACAGAUAUUGAAAUUGAUCGACCUCAUGAACACUAUACGGUUUAUUUAGAGAAUGUAUGCGGAGAACAACAAACUAUGUUGAAAGCACUAAAAAUUUUCCUUACAAAUGACUUGAACAAGAAAACUAACAAAUGUUUCGUCUUCGAUCAUGUAUUCUGCACUACCGAUUGA